AUGGAAGGAGAAAACGCUAGGGCACAGGUUACGGAAGAAGUCGUACUAAACAGAGUCGCAGUACGAGUACCUCCCUUUUGGAGCGAUGAGCCCGAAUUAUGGUUCACGCAACUAGAGGGACAAUUCACUCUUAGCGGUAUAACCCAAGACCACACUAAGUACUCCUACGCCAUCGCAUACUUGAACUCUCCGCAAAUAAAGGAGAUCAAGGACGUAGUAACACGACCGCCUGCAGAUAACAAAUAUGACGCAGUCAAAAGAGCACUCAUUUCGCGAAUGUCCGUUUCUCAGGAGCAACGUACACGACAACUCCUAGAACUCGAAGACAUCGGGGACCGCAAGCCCUCACAAUUUCUUCGACACUUAAGGACGUUAGCAGGCGAAAACGUGCCCGACACCUUACUACGCUCGCUCUGGCACGGGAGACUUCCCUCCCAAAUGCAAAUGGUUCUUGCUACUCGGACAGAGGACCCCUUGGACCAGGUGGCCGAACAAGCUGACCGCAUACACGAAAUGACGAACAAAACAGUGGUAGCCUCUACAACGGCCGUCUCGACAAAAGGCUCACCGGACAAGAAAUCUCUCGAAGCCCAGAUGCAAGCUCUGACGAAACAAGUUGCAACCCUCACUACGCAACUUUCAAGAGGUAGGGCUAAGGAAAAAAAACAGGAGAGGAGCAGAAGCCAGAGUCGAAGCCGGAAGUCUAAGAAAGACAACGACGAGCAUUGCUAUUACCACAACCGAUUUGGUGAAAAGGCUCGCAAGUGCACUAAACCGUGUACUUAUGAAAAACCGGUAAAAGAGUAG